CCUCGCAGCCUGCAAACUACUUAACACCUUCUCUCCGCCGUCGUCCUGUCUUCUUCUUCCUCUACAGCCGUGCAAACCCUUCUCUCUCUCUUUCCUUUCGUUGUUCGUCCUUCGGUCGUCGCUCUCGCGUCUUACAGUCCUUCUUCUGCCUUGCUUUUCGCGUGCAUUCACUCUCAUUCCCUCCGCUCUUUUUCUUCAUUCUUGCCGUUCCACCAUCACCACCAUGCUCGACCUCGACCGCGCCGCCCUCGAUCUCUUCAUCGCCUCCCCGGUCUCGCCCCAGAUGAUCGCCUACCUCGUCUCCACCACGCAGACCGUCAUCCGCUGCGAUUCCGCCGACAGCGCUCCCGGAUACCCCUACUCGCCCCCUGCCUCGCCCGCGGACGAGCAGCCCCCCGCGCAGCAGCCGCGCCUGCCCUCGCUCACCUCCUUUAUCGCCACGCUCGUCACCCGAUCAAACGUGCAGGUCCCGACUCUCAUGUCGACGCUCGUCUACCUCUCCCGUCUGCGUUCCCGCUUGCCUUCUAUGGCUCGUGGCCUCGCGUGCACCUGCCACCGCGUCUUCCUCGCCGCCCUGAUUCUGGCGGCGAAAAACUUAAACGACUCGUCCCCCAAGAACAAGCACUGGACAAAGUACACCGUCGGCUUGUUCUCGCUCGCUGAGGUUAACCUCAUGGAGCGCCAGCUGCUGUUCCUCCUGGACUGGGACCUGCGCAUCACGCAGGACGAUCUGCUCACUCACUUUGCGCCUUUCCUCUCGCCGAUCAAGAACGAGGUCCGUCGCCAGGAGCAGGUCAACCGCGAGCGCGAGUUCUUCGCCCGCAAGCAGCAGCAGAUGCGCGAGCGCGAGGAGCAGCAGGCUGCUCGGGAACAGUUUUACCACAACGUUCCGCACCGGAUACAAUCGCAGUCCGGCCACCACCAUUCCUCGUCUUCUUACAUCACUCCUCCUCUUUCACCCGAGUACGCUUCCGCCCUUUCAAUGUCGGUCUCGUCUUCUUCAUCCUCAUCUUCAUCCACUUCCUCCCGCAUGCCACCACCUCUCUCCUCCUCGUCGUCCUCGUCGUCGAUCGCCACGACUGCAAGCUACUCUGCCAGCUCAGUGAUCUGCCUUCCCUCGCCAGAAGCCGACAUCAACGACAGCCUCGACUACCACCAGCACAGCCAGCGCAGUCUGCUCGACGACGAUCUCUACCUGUGUUCGCUCGACGACGCUCAUGCCGUCGGCCACAACCACCACCACGAUCAAAGCCACACCGUCAUGGCCGUCGCUCCCCAACCUUCGCACAAGCGCAUGCUCAAGGGCAAGGCCUCUGGUCUGAUUGCAAAGUUCUGGGGCCAACAGCGACCUGUCUCUGGUGUCGUUGCCUAAUUUGAUCUUUUUUGAUAAUAUUUUUGGGGAGUUAUAAUGUAUUGUGAGUUAAGGCGAUCGUAUUUUUGGUUUUUCAUCGUUACUAUUUAAUGGCGUUUUCACUUUUUUUUGUCGUUACGUGUCUUAUCGUAUUGGGAUGUUUAUAUUAUAGAUUUUUUUGAUUCACGGAUUUUGUCAAGAUACAUACAUUAAUGGUACAUAUCUAAAUUUUGCA